AUGGGUUCGUCCGAGGAUAUCACCUACAUCAUUGGCAAUGCUCUCCAUCAAACAGCUGAGCACCACGAGUCCUUUGAGAAGCUGUGGACAAAGAAAUGGAAGCCAUUGUGCGAGAUGCGCGUCUAUCCCUUCAUGUUUGGCACCCCACAAGAUUUUGAGCCCGUCGCCCAGGCGAUUAUUGCCAAGGGGUUGAAGCCACCGUAUGAUUGGGAUGAAUAUGCUAGCAUGUUCUUCCCAAAGGCUGAGGAGCUGUUCAAGAGGGCCGAGGAGGCUGAAGGGAAGGAAGAACGGGAGAAGGCGGCAGAGUUGUUUUUACGUUCCUCAGCCCUCUACCGCAUAUCCCGCUUCCCCAUCCCGCGCUCUCCCAAACAACGUCUCGCCUGGCAAAAGAACAAAGAAGCCUUCUACCGCGGCGCAGCCCUGCUUCCAACCCCCAUCCUCCCCCUCCAGAUCCCCCACACCCACCGCUCCCCCUCGAACCCCACAACCGAACUCUCGGUGAUUCAAGCAAACCUUUGUCUUCCCUCCUCCUCUGCUGCUACCCCACCUCCGCUGGUUAUCCUUUUGACAGGUCUAGACGGCUACCGCACCGAACUGGGCAUCUGGCAGCCUGGUUUCUCUGCCCAGGGCAUCGCCACUUUAGUGCUAGAAAUCCCCGGCACGGGUGAUUCCCCAUGUACCGCGCAAUCAGCGCCCGAUGCGGUCGACAGGUUCUGGGAUUCCGUAGCCGACUGGAUCGGGGAGCAACACUCUCGUGGGACAAUCGACAAGAGUCGCGUCGUGCUCUGGGGAUUCAGCACGGGGGGUUUCUAUGCCCUGCGCGCGGCGCACACCCACCCUGCCUUAUUCAAGGCCGUCGUAUCUCUCGGUGGAGGAUGCGAUCGCAUGUUCGCUGCAGACUGGCUCGCGAACGCCGACAAGAGGGAAUACCCCUUCGACCUGUGCGGUGCUCUCGCCGCAAAAUUCGGGUACGACCCUUCCGGGACCGAUCCCGCUGGCAGGCAACGCUUCGUUGAUGAGGCAUACUCCAAGUACUCCCUUGUGGUAGACGGCACACUCGACAAGCCAUGCUGCGAGAGGGUGCUGCUCGUGAACGGGGAGCUGGACGAGAUCUUCCCGAUUGAGGACCUGUGGAUGGCGCUGCAGCACGGACGGGCGAAGGAGGCGAGGGUGGUUAAGGGGAGGAAGCAUAUGGGGGAGCCGGAGAGCUUUAGGGUUGUGUUGAGGUGGAUUUGGGGGGUGUUGGAGUUGGAGGGAGAUCCGAUGGUGCUUUUGGGGGGGUUGGCGAGGGAGGUGAAGUAUUGA